AUGAAGGCUUCCGCAUUUGCCCUCGUUGCACUGGUACUGAGUACGAGCUUUGCCUAUGCCCAGGGUGACUGCUCUGCCAACCCCGAAUUCCCCAAUCAGUGCUUCGGAGAUGCGGGCACCACGUUCGUGUGCUGCGACACCCAGUCGUGCGGGCUGUCCAACGGCGCUGCUGCCACGUGUGCCUCCGGGAGGUACCCUAGCGGGUCCCCUGGAACGUCUAACCCGCCACCGGCUACUCCGGCGACACCCCCUGCAUUCAACCCCAACUUCGACCCCGUCCAGAGCUCGUGGUGCUCGAACCUGGUGAACUCCGGCCCCCUCCCAGGCUACAACAACCUAGUUACCGGCGUUCCCAACGGCGGGGUUCCGGGCGACUGGCACUGCUUCCCCGACUGCGAUGGCGACCUGUCAUUCCAACAGACGAGCGAUGGCACUCCGUACGUGCGCCUGACGAACAUCAACGCCAAUUUCAAGGCCUUCUCGUUCACACUCCCGGGCAGUUCCGUCCCCGUCGGUUCGCAGCAGCAGGUGCUGUUCUGGGUGCGACUAGGCCCCGGCGCCAACUCCGAGUUCAAGAUGGACCUCAACUUCGUGAUCAACGGCGACUACGUGUGUGCAGGUGCGGUUCUGGUUGCCAAGGUCGGAUGCUGGUCCCUUCUCUCCGCCGGUUACCAGAUCCAAGCGGUUCCCAACAGAGUCGACGUCCGCCUGCAAGGCAUCACCAACCAGGACCUUUGGCUGCACGCCGUCUCCAUCAUUUCCGUGCCCAAGAACCUGUACCUCAACGAUUUGGCUGCCCGCACUGCUGCGAUCCGGAAGACUGACGUCAGCGUCCAGGUCGUUGACGCCAGCAACAACCCCGUGUCCGGCGCCACCGUCCAACUCACUCAGACCCGGACGUCCUUCCCGUUCGGAGGAUCGCUUCAGCAACUCGUUCUGACGUCCCCGGCUUAUGCGAACUACUUCAAGUCACUCUUCAACACAGCUGUGUUUGAGAACGAGAUGAAGUGGUACUUCACGGACCCCAACGGCCCCACGUUCGACUACAGCGUUCCCGACGCGAUGCUCGAGUUUUGCGACCAGAACGGAAUUCCCGUGCGUGGCCACAACAUCUUCUGGGACAUCCCGAGCGUGAUCCAGCCUUGGGUCGCCGCUCUAAGCACCGCUGGAGGCAUUCCCAACAGCGACCUCUACAAGGCGAUGGUGGCGCGGCUCCAAAGUAUCGUGUCGCACUACAAGGGACGGGUCAUUCACUGGGACGUCAACAACGAGCAGUUCAAGGGCGGUUACUACGAGAACAAGCUUGGAAACGCGAUCGAUGACUGGAUGUAUCCCGCCGUGAAGGCGAUCGACCCCAACGUGAAGAAUGCCCUCAACGACUACAACUACGUGGAGACGUGCUCCGAUCCCGUUGCCUAUCCCGAGUUUUACCUGAACCAGCUGAACGCGCUGACGUCACGUGGGCUCCCGAUCGACAUCUUGGCGUUCCAGGGCCAAUUCCUGGGAGUCGAGCCCCUCCAGCUGCGCGCGCGCCUCGACAAGGUCGCGAGCGCCGGCAUCCCCAUCUGGAUGUCCGAAGUGAACGUCAACAUUCUGGACGUCAACAAACGCGCCGACUAUCUCGAGUUCAUCUUCCGCGAGUGCUUCGCGCAUCCCGCAGUCAAGGGUUUCCUCUUCUGGUACAACUACCAGCCGCAGUCGGAGUAUGACCGCAACGGCGGCCAGUGCAACGCGUGCCUGGUCAACCUGGACUUUACCCUGAAUGCCGCCGGUCAGAGAGUGCAGGCUCUCAAGAACGAGUUCACUACGCCGCCCAGAACCGGCACGACGGACGGCAGCGGCCGGCUCCCCACUUUCAACGCCUUCUUUGGCAACUUCGAAGCGAGGAUCACCGUUGGCGGCGUCACAACGACCAAGACGUUCACCGUCCCAGAGACCCCGGGAGUGCAAAGGAACGUCGUUCUGAGCCUCACCGGCUCUUCUGCCACGCCCGCCCCGACAGCAGGUCCGACUACUACCCCGACUGCCACGUCAUCACCCACAUCCGCGCCACCUGGCGGCGUCCCUGCCCCUUCCCCAGCGGGUGGCACCUGUGGCGGAGUGCCGGGCUUCCCUAACCAGUGCUACUCCCCCGGCGGUGAUUCCUUCGUCUGCUGUGACACUAGCGGCUGCGGCGGCGCCUCCGGCUCUAGUGCCACGUGUGCCAGCAACCGGUACCCUGGUUCCCCGGUCUCUAACCCCACUCCGGCUCCCACUAACCCAACCCCAGUAACCCCUUCCCCGACCGCAAACCCGACCCCGGCACCCGUUAACCCGACUCCUGCACCGGUUAACCCGACACCCGCCCCGGCUAACCCGACCCCGGCACCAGGAGGCGUUCCCAACCCGAGCGCAGCGGGCGGACUCUGCGACUUCCAGAGCCCCUUCCCCAACCAGUGCUACGGCCCGGAUGGUUCCGGCUUCAUCUGCUGCGACGGCCAGGGGUGCGGUCAGUUUGACAACGGCCACGCCACCUGCGCCUCGGGGCGUUACCAGGGAGCGUAACGGACACGCAACAGCGGCGAGUCAAGCUAGCGUUACAGCACAGGUUUCCUUUGAAUAAGUUAUCAUCUUUGGAAGGUGAUUCGUUUGAGCUUCUCCCGAGCGAUCCGGCUCUGGGCAGUUAUCAUCUUUGGAAGGUGAUUCGUUUGAGCUUCUCCCUAGCUUCCGGCUCUGGGCAGAGAGAACAAGUGCUUCGGCGAGUUUCGUUCUUGAGCUUUGAUUUGAGGCAUUGAAUGCUGGUAGCAAUCUCCAGAACGCUAGAUGUUUUACGGUCAGGUUUGCCGGGUUACUGGAACCCCGCUACCAUUCCUUAUUUCGUAAGCCCUCCGUGGGGUAAACUUUGGUUGUAGCUGCUAUCGAGAGUGCCCGAUUGGCCUAGAAACGGCCGAGAGAUAUGACAUAUGAACAUCUUGCGAGUAUUUAUAGAACCACAGACGGUCCAGCGUCGUUGUCGUCGCAUCCGCUCUUAUAUAUUGCGAGUUAGUAUUUAUAGUACCACAAACGGUCCAGGGUCGUCGUCAUCGCAUCCGCUCUUCUAUAACUUUUGAGUCUUUCAGCGGUCACUACUGAAUUGGUACGUUCGCACGGUAGUUCAGGAGACAAUUAUUGAUUAAGAGAACAAGUAUUGC